UGAAUGUGGUGGAGGCCUUACAGGAAUUCUGGCAGAUGAAGCAGUCCCGGGGUGCAGAUCUGAGGAAUGGAGCUCUGGUGGUGUAUGAGAUGGUCCCAUCCAAUAACCCCCCAUACGUCUGCUAUGUCAGUCUUCCUGGGGGAAGUUGCUUCGGGAGUUUUCAGUUCUGCCCAACCAAAGCUGAAGCAAGACGGAGCGCAGCCAAAAUUGCGCUAAUGAAUUCUGUUUUCAAUGAACAUCCAUCUCGCCGCAUCACUGAUGAAUUCAUCGAGAAGAGUGUGUGUGAGGCUCUAGCUUCCUUUAAUGGAAACCGAGAAGAAGCUGAUAACCCCAGUACAGGAAUCGGAGCAUUUCGGUUUAUGUUAGAGUCAAACAAGGGGAAAUCUAUGCUAGAGUUCCAGGAACUGAUGACGGUUUUCCAGCUGCUCCACUGGAAUGGAAGUCUCAAAGCCAUGAGAGAAAGACAGUGUUCCCGUCAGGAAGUGCUUGCUCAUUAUUCUCACCGUGCUCUUGAUGAUGACAUGCGAACACAAAUGGCCGCUGACUGGGUCAACCGAGAACACGUGUUAUCUGGUACCAUCAAUCGGGAGCUUGCCGCUACGGAUCGCGAGCUGGAAGAGGCCCGUCUGGCUGGACGAGAGCUUCGGUUUUAUAAGGAAAAGAAGGACAUUCUGCUAAUGGCGGUGGGGCAGCUAGGUGGGUCAAACACUACAACUCUGCCCUGCACAUGCUGAGAACAUGAAGAACAUCCUACAUGGCAUAUGAUUGUGACAGACCAGCCAACAGAGAAGUCUCAGAUAGCACUCCAAAUCUCAAAACAGCCUUUUUAAAUGUGUGUGUGUGUUUUGUGCGAGGAGGAGUCAAAGAUUCAGCAUUGUGAAUAUUUCCAUCGCCAAAUCAAUUUCACCUAAUCAUCCGUUUCUGUGAGUGGUGAAUGAACAUUUGAAAAGUCUUUGUGAAGCUUUUUUUUAAGAUCUGUAUAAAUAACGCAUUUUAAACUUGAAACUGAAUCAAGCGCUAUUUUGCUGCAUUAUCACUAUAUCAGUAUUAUCCUCCAGUAUUAUCGUCAUAGAUUGACUGUACUGGCACAUGGUCCUACUGUGUCUGAGUUGGAGAGUCAGUUUUGAAUGAGGCCUUCUUGAAAAUCUUUGCAUUGUAGUUCUCUUGAAUUCUGUAAUGCAUGGGCGCUGCUUUUUUUUAGCUAAACACCAAAGCGCUGCCCAUUCGUUUAUCUUACAAGAUACAGGUGUGUGGUCACAUUGGACUAGUAAAUUCAAAUAUUCUGCAUUUAUAUUCACAAACUAGGCUUAGUCAUUUUUUUGACACAUAUGUGCUUUAGGUGCAUAUACAAACCAUUGCUUUUAAGCGCAUAAUGUUUAUGUAAACACAUACAUACAUAUUUAUUAACUUUAAGUUACCCAGUCUUGUAGUUAAUUCCAUGAAAGCCAAAAACCUUGGUGUAGAUCUUUGCUUUGGAAGCGACAACACUAUGAGGGUAAGAUUUUCUCUGACUGUCAUAGCACCUUUCACACUGACCAUUUACUUCAACCUAUUAACAGAAGCUGUGUAAUAUUCAAACUCCAUACAAUGCACUGUUUUAAGAGUUGUCCCAUUAUUAGGUUGCCUUCUGUUAUUUUUGUGAUUGUAGAGCAGUCAUGCUUAUUUUCUGGGCAACAUUUAUUUUCUACCUCCUUUCUGAAAGCUUUUUUUAUAUGCAUUUGUGAACUUUUAUUACCACAUAUACCCAUAUGCAGAUUUGUGUUAAAAUGUGCAAUGGAAAAUGGUUUGGAUUGAGAUGCUUCUCCCAGAAUAACACAGGAAGUAAAACCAGAUAUGUCAUUUUAUAGAAGCUUUGUUGCAAAAUGCCACUGUCCUCUUUAUUAGGCUUUUGAAAUGAUAACUUGAAAUCAUAACAUCAUCUUUCAUCAAUAUUUCAUCAUCAUUAUUUUACUAGAAUUAUAGAAUGAGUUAAUGAUGUAAAUGUAAUACUGCAACAGAGAGGAAGGACUGUCAGUGUUGUGUUGAUCAUUUCAAGCAUGUAGCUGAACUGCAAACUCAUUUCACCAGUAAAUUGCCAAGUGGCUUUCAAAAAACGCUAGUUAUUAUACCACUCAAGAAAUAAGGAUGUUAAUUUCACUAAACUAUGCAUUUACCGAUUUUUAUUGAGAACAUUGAGGUGCAUUCAUUUUGUCAAGUAUGACAUAUGGAAUAUUCACCUCACCUCUUUACCCCUUUAUGAAGACUUUUACAAUAGGCCUACUUAGUAGGUGAUUGUAUUGGAUCACUGCAAAUUGUUUAUUCAUUUGGGACAAUUAGAAUUUUUUUAUAUCACUAUAUGAAUUUUGGGAAAGACAGGAAAUUACUAAUAGUAGUAUUUGGAGAUACUAUGAUAUUUAAAAAAAUUAUCUCAUAAAUUGUCAUGUUUAUGAAAUUAACUGCUUUGUGAGUACAUUCUUAAUAUAAAAAAGAUUCAAUACUUUGCAAACUCCCCCUGUUGUUUGUAGUUAUGAUAGUAAUUUGGUACUUUAAAUGUUUGAAUAUUCCAUCAUAUUCCCAUAAGUGUUCUGACAAUCUAAAUUUACAGUAACCUUUACAAUAAAGUUUCAUUCGUUACCAUUAGUUAAUGCAUUAGGUAUCAUGAACUAACAAGGAACAAUAUAUCUAUUUUUUUUGCAGUAUUUAUGAAUCUUUGUUAAUGUUAGUUAAUAAAAAUACAAUUGUUCAUUGUUAGUUCAUAGUGCAUUAACUAUUGCUAACAAAUACAACCUUUGAUUUUAAAAGUGUGUUAUUACAGUAUAUGUUGAAAUGAACAUUACCCAAGUAUUAUAAAUGCUGUAAAAGUAUUGUUCACUGUUAAUCCAUGUUAAUUAAUGUUGUUAACUAAUGUCAACAAAUGGAACCUUAUUGCAAAGGGUUACCAAAUUGCAUAUACAUAGCAUAAUACAAUGCAAAAAAACAUGUUGUUAUUGCAGAUUGUACAAUUUUAUACAAUUUGUAUGGCUUUUCCACUGCUGUUUUUUUUCUUCACACUUUUGUUUACCAAAAUUAUUUUUCAAUUAACGAUUAAGGUAGUGAAAUUUAAUCAAUGCAUGUGAAACAUUUUAUACAUUCUCUGGUAUUGGUUUUGUAUGAAGUUGAACUGCCAUUUUACAUGUUUAUAAUAUUUUGAUGCAUAACCAAUGUACUUUUUUGUUGAUUUAUAUUCUUUAGAAGUCAAUAAAGAGCAUUUCAUACACAUUUUGUAGUGCAAUUUUUUUGUAAUCUUAAAUGGAGACUUUUGUGGGGGUACUUGUAAAGUU